GCUGCCAAAGAGGAAGUGCAGCUUGUUUUCUUUCAUUUUCUUGAUUCCUAUGCUGUAGGAAGAUGAAAGAAGAAGGAGGAGGAGGCAACAGCGGCAGCCAAACUUAAUAAAUAAUUCUGAGGAUUCCUGAUAUCAAAUGGAGGCCCCUGAGUGGGACCCACUGAAAAAUGACACUCUUCCACCAACCCUGACGCCAGCUGUCCCUCCGUAUGUGAAGUUGGGCCUGACCAUUGUAUAUACUGUUUUUUAUUCACUGCUUUUUGUGUUCAUCUACGUCCAGCUCUGGCUGGUCCUUCACUACCGGCACAAGAGGUUCAGUUACCAAACUGUCUUUCUGUUUCUGUGCUUGUUUUGGGCUUCUCUUAGGACUGUGCUCUUUUCAUUUUACUUCAAAGACUUUGUCACAGCAAAUUCUCUCAGCCCCUUCAUCUUCUGGCUUCUCUAUUGUUUCCCAGUCUGCCUCCAGUUUUUCACCCUGACCCUGAUGAAUCUUUACUUCACACAGGUGAUUUUCAAAGCCAAAUCAAAAUAUUCCCCAGAGCUACUGAAAUACAGGUUGCCCCUCUACCUGGCUUCUCUUUUCAUAAGUCUCCUCUUCCUCUUGGUGAAUUUAACAUGUGCAGUAUUGGUGAGGACACAGAACUCAGAGAGAAAAGUCAUUGUCUCCGUCCGGGUGGCAAUUAAUGACACAUUGUUUGUGCUGUGCGCUGUUUCACUCUCCAUCUGCCUGUAUAAGAUUUCCAAGAUGUCUUUAGCCAACAUUUACUUGGAGUCCAAGGGCUCAUCUGUGUGUCAGGUGACAAGUAUAGGAGUGACUGUUAUACUACUUUAUACCUCAAGAGCUUGUUACAACUUGUUCAUCUUAUCAUUUUCCCAAACCAAGAAAGUAAAUUCUUUUGAUUAUGACUGGUACAACGUAUCAGAUCAGGCAAAUCUGAAAUGUCAGCUGGGAGAUGCAGGUUACAUAGUGUUUGGAGUGAUCCUUUUCAUCUGGGAGCUCUUACCUACUUCUUUGGUUGUGUAUUUCUUCCGUGUUCGAAACCCUGCAAAAGAUCUAGCCAAUGCAGGAAUGGUCCCAAGCCACGGCUUCAGUCCCAGGUCUUAUUUCUUUGACAACCCUCGUAGAUAUGACAGUGAUGACGAUCUAGCAUGGAAUAUUGCACCACAGGGGGCACAGGGCAGUUUCUCUCCAGACUAUUACGACUGGAGCCAUCAGAACAACAGCUUCAUGGCUUACAUAGGAUCCCUCCAACAAGAUCCAGCACUGGACACAGAUCGGCCAAGCCCUAUAUAACUUCAAUCGACUACAGCAUUCUAAGACAUUCCAACAUUAAAAGAAUGUUCUGGAAAACAAAACUUAGCAAUUUUUCAUCACCUUCUGCUUUUUAUAAGUGUUUUUAUGCACAGAUAAAUGAAGAAUUUGUCUUUGCCAUGAGCCUUUUGUAGUUCAAGGAGAAGUAUAAGCUAAUGAUUUAAACUUUGAGGACUGUUCUCAUUAAUACCUUGUUCUAAGCCGUGGUAUUUUUGGCUUUGAACAGAGUUGUUAGAAGGUAUAAUUUAAUCAUUUUAUGCUCAUUUGAAAAGAGCACAUUUCAUGAAGCAAAAUGGCAUAAUUAUUUUCUAAGUAUUUUUAUUUUUACACUGUGUAUUAGGCUAGAAAUAUGUGAUUAUGAUAAAUAUACUGUAAACACAAGUGGGUUGUUCAAACAUAUGACAGCAGCAGUUCUUACACACACAUUAAAGCCUGUAAAGGAAAAAUAACCCAAAUAAAUACUGUCUUUUCAAGUU